AUUGCUCCUCGCAAUCCUGCACCACUAAGAAGUUCGAACUUCGAUUGUAACUGUUCUGCUCGCAUGGAGGCGGUUAGCACACAUGGACGCGCCGGUCGCCGCCUAGCCACUGUAGCUCACCGUCAGCGAUGGCCAUCGGCGACCAGAGGACGGCAGGGGCGCUUCGCAAACCCGUGUUAGGGCGGGAGAUCGGAGCUCGAGGACCCUGGACAGAAGCCCCAGUCAACGGAAAUAGGAUCCGACCAGAGGUCGCUCGGGCAGAGGAUGCAGAGUGGUAUGACCAUCUGGCAUGAUUUCGAGAGCAAUGCUGAAGACUGGAACCUGCGGAACUAGGUGCUUGGCGCGCAAUCAUCUGGAGUGGAUAGUCGCAGUCUUUUCUGGGGUGGUAUUGAGGAUUGUGGGGAUACAGGGAGUUUGGGGUUUUUAACCUGAUAAUUGGUGGCUUUCGUCAGUUCUUGCGGAGUCAGAUUCCCGUCGUCGAACUGUGCACGUUUCUGUUUCGUGGAGUGAAUUUAAUGAGACAGUUUCUCGCAUUGAAGCACCGCGGGUGGAAAGCUCGUGUUAUACUUUGUCUUACUGUCUUGUGAACAAUUUUCGGUGUUAGUGGCGAUGGUGUUCGAGUAUAGGAUUCUUUUUGGAGUUUGUUGUUCAAUGCGCAGGUUUGGGGAGGAUAGACACUUAGAAGAGGCUGGUUGUAGAGGGAUUCAGAGCGGCUGCUGGUGGGUUUUAUUGGAUUCUUGUGAGUGCUCCACUUUUUCUUGCAGCAUAUCUACAGAUGUCAGAACUUGGGAGAAAUCUUCCUCACUUAUCUCAGCUUAUAUGGAGCAGCUAUUGAUUGGAAUCUCCUAAAACAAAUUGGAUUCUGAAUUGGCAGGCAAGAUUGGGUGCCGCACUGUUCUGUUUAGGUUUUCAAGGCUGGGUGCCCGGACUGGUGCAGUACUUCGCUCAAAUUUGUCACGCCUCCGCGAAAGAGAAUUAGGAGUGUCGAAGCAUUGUUGGCAUUUGCUGAUAGUGGCCUUAACGAAGCGUUUGCUCUCAGUCAGCAUGUAUGAGUCGAUAGAUCUUCUGGACGCUGCGGAUGACCAACUUCGGUCGUAAAAGUUUACAGAGCUUCUUAUUAAUAUUCAAAGACACGUAGGAUGGAAGAGCUCUACCUGGGUGUCUGUAAGGGGAAUUUCAGGACUUCGCGUGAUGGCCUAUUGAGAUGGUGCCUAUUGUGGCGUCAUGCAAAUACCUCACUCGGGUAAAGGAGAUCUUACAUUAACUGGAGCUCAAGGAUUUAACUAGAGCUGCUUCUGGUGGUGAAUUUUUCUCCAAGAGAAUUCGGUAUGGAAGGUCUGGUGAAGACUUUCGAAUAAAGACAUAGAUGAUCAUAUACGAAUGAUCUGGAAACGUUUGGAGUUGUUUCCAGUCUAGUAGCGCUUGGUAACUAUUUCAUAGCAAAUGUAAUAUACUUACAGAGUGGCAGGAAGCCAGGGCGCAAUAUUUAGCGUCGGUUUUGGUAUGGCAAUUGAACUUUGGUAAGCCAUGACAAGGAAGCAAUUGAGCAUUCUUCUAAUCUCACUGUUGACCUUCUUCGUCAUACGAUGUAGCCUUUCCAUAGGGUUUCCUCGCGGAGCAGACGGGAACUACAUGAAUUAUCGAAGUUCGGCCAUAGACCUUGAGAUACCUUUGCUUUGGGCUCCCGCUCCCAGCCUUGAGGCCGUGCCUCGCCAAGAUGGCAAUUCGAGUUUGCCCGUAGACAGCGACAUCAUAGUACCCACUCCCAGCGUCGUGCUGCGUCAGGGUAACAAAGAUGGCGAUCCGAUUUUACCCACUUAUACUGACACAUCUAUAAUAUCUGAAUACCCGACUCUUCUCCCUGGAAUCAACAAGGCUCCGAAGCUUGAACCCAUAUGGAGAUAUCUCGCGAGUUACAUGAGGAGGCGCAGCGUGCCCAAGGCAGCAACCAAAGCCAUGAAAGAAGGUUUGCGGGCUUGGAGAAAGAUCAAUAAAACCAUGAUCGAUGAGACUCAUGAACGAGUAAUGGAUGGAUCUAAUAGGAGGAAUGGCAACAAGUGCCCGUACCUUGUGAGCGCAUUAAAUGCUUCUGAAUUGAAAUCAAUACCGUACAUAGUGCCGAUCCCAUGUGGGUUGAUAUUGGAUUCUUCAGUCACGGUAGUGGGCACACCAGGCAUCAAAACCGGGACGUUUUCUCUUGAGUUGAUAGGAUCGAAGCUGUUUGGAGAGGGAGACGAGCCUGUUGUUUUUCAUUUUUCUGUACGUUUACAUGGCGAUGAAUUAACCAACAAGCCCUCCAUUGUCCAAAAUACUUGGACAGUAAGCAGAGAUUGGCAUGAUGAGCAGCGAUGUCCGCCGCUACCAGACGAGGAUGAUCCCGAGAGUACAGUGGACGGUCUGAGAAUCUGCAAUACGGACGUUGGACAGAAUAUUACAAGAGAGUCUGGUCGGAGGCCAUGGAAGGGUCUUAAUCAAAGAUCGACCAACGUCUGGUUUCCUUUUGUUGAAGGAUUUCCUUUUGUGGCAACCAUAUCGGCUGGCUGGGACGGUUAUCAUGUCUCUGUCAACGGCAAGCAUAUCACGGCCUUCAAGUACCGCCAGAACUUGGAACCCUGGAUGGUUAAUUCUUUUCGGAUUAAAGGAGAUCUGAAUAUUUCUUCAGUGAUUGCGAACGGUCUUCCAAUAUCUGACGAUGCUUCAUAUGUACCUGACUUGAAAGUCAUUAGAGCACCUAAACUACCAAAAAAUACAACUCUGUUCAUAGGGGUGUUCUCAACAAAUAGCAAUUUUUUUCCAAGGAUGAGCAUAAGGAGGACUUGGAUGCAGUAUCCGGAGGUCCGAAAUGGUACUGUAGUGGUGCGGUUUUUUGUGGGGUUGCACCAGAAUGAGCAAGUAAACAGGGAGCUUUGGACCGAGUCUCUUACUUAUGGGGACGUCCAGCUUCUGCCUAUGGUGGAUUACUACGAUAUCAUCACGUAUAAAACAUUAGCUAUUUGUAUGUUCGCGAAGUAUAAUGUGAAUGCAAAAUAUGUAAUGAAGACUGACGAUGACACUUUUCUGCGAGUGGAUGCGGUUCUAUCAUCUAUUUUUGUUACGAAACCCAACUCUACCCUUCUUAUUCCGAAAUACAACCAAAGCCUUCUUCUGGGUAAUAUUGCCUGGAAUGAUGCUCCUGCCCGAAACCCUGAUAACAAGUGGUUUAUGAGCACGAAGGACUGGGCAAAUAAGACGUACCCUCCGUGGGCUCAUGGACCUGGAUAUGUUAUUUCCCUAGAUAUUGCUCUUUUUGUAGUCAAGGGGCACCAGAAGGAUUUUCUGAAGUUUUAUAAACUGGAGGACGUAGCCAUGGGAAUAUGGAUUGAUAGAUUCGCACACCUGGAGCACAAGGUCGUUAAAUAUGUCCAUGACGACCACUAUCAACACGGAGGUUGUGAGAAUGAUUACAUCAUAACCCAUUACCAGAAUCCUAGCCAAAUGCAGUGCCUUUGGAACAAUGAGUUAGAAGGAGAACACGGGAUUUGCUGCUACGACCAAACAAUUUAGCUAGCAGGUUGUGGAGUAGAUGAAAAUGGUAGAACUCGCGUUACUUGCGAGGUUGACAAAUUUGAUAGUUUUUGGACAGUUAGAAUAUUGCACUUUCUUUCGACCAAAUAUACUUCGCCCAUUCGUUGCCAAUAUAUAUUUAAUAGACCAUCUUACUGUCAGUGAAACAUUUGAAAA